CUCGCAGCGGACGACGUUUAGUUUGUAUGUAAUGCUAAGGAGGGAGUUUCAUUACUUUUUUUGUGAAGCCUUCCUGCUGUACGUGUCGUGCUUUGUUCAUAGAAUUUAUAUCACGACAGAUUCUUUUGGUGUAAACUAAACUGUGACAUGCUUUUGUAAUGCAUUGCCCUACUAUGUGUUAAACAUUGGAGAACUGAAAACGCCAUCUUCCCCGCUCCACCACACCCCGUCGUCUACAUUGAAGUAAACAUCUUUCAUGGGAGAGGGUCGAUAUCGGCCCGGGGGACGGGAAAUCAAGCAAACUGGAACUCAUGGAAUUAGAGAAUAUUGUUGCGAACACCGUAUAUUUAAAAGCUCGAGAAGGUGGUACAGAUAGUAACAAAGGGAAAAGUAAGAAAUGGAAGAAAAUUUUACAAUUUCCCCACAUAUCACAGUGUUUAGAUCUUAAAAAUAAAAUAGACUUGAGAUUCAGCUAUGUGGUGGAUCAACAACCUAUUGGCAAGUUGCUAUUUCGUCAGUUCUGCCAAGAGGCACAUUCUGAAUACCACAGAUACAAUGUCUUCUUGGAUUCCAUUGAGCAAUAUGAGGUGGAGUCUGAUGAGAACAGAGUGGAGUUGGCUCAGACAGUAUACGACCGCUACCUCAAGAGAGACGCUCCUGAUGCAGUGGACGUGCUUAAUACCGAGAUGAUAGUCCACUGUAAAGAGAAGAUGAGUUCAGGCAACAGAGAGCUGUUCACUGACUGCAUGGCUGCAGUCAAGACGUUCUUGGCUGGAGAACCAUUCUCUCAGUUCCUGGAGUCCAUGUACUUCCACCGGUACUUGCAGUGGAAAUGGCUUGAAAGCCAGCCCGUGACAUACAAGACGUUCCGCAUGUACCGAGUGCUGGGCAAGGGGGGGUUUGGUGAGGUAUGUGCUUGUCAGGUGCGAGCCACGGGCAAAAUGUACGCCUGCAAGAAACUUGAGAAGAAGCGAAUAAAGAAGCGGAAAGGGGAGGCCAUGGUUCUCAUUGAGAAACAGAUACUUCAAAAAAUCAACUCUAGAUUUGUGGUGAGUUUAGCUUAUGCCUAUGAGACGAAGGAUGCAUUAUGUCUGGUACUCACCAUAAUGAAUGGAGGGGAUCUUAAGUUUCACAUCUAUAACAUGGGUGGAGAACCAGGAUUUGACAUCCCACGAGCUCGCUUCUAUGCUGCUGAGGUGCUGUGUGGCCUAGAACACUUGCAUUACCAGGGACUGGUGUACAGAGACUGCAAGCCUGAGAAUAUCUUGUUGGAUGACACUGGACAUGUGAGAAUCUCAGAUUUGGGGCUGGCUGUGGAGAUUCCAGAGGGGGAAAUGGUCAGAGGCAGAGUUGGUACUGUGGGAUAUAUGGCUCCAGAAGUAAUAGAUAAUGAAAAGUACACUUUCAGUCCUGAUUGGUUUAGUUUUGGAUGUCUCAUCUAUGAAAUGAUUGAGGGGCAGGCACCCUUUCGAGCAAGGAAAGAAAAGGUAAAAAGAGAGGAAGUAGACAGGCGGGUAAAGGAGGAUCAAGAAAAAUACUCUCACAAGUUUACGGAGGAAGCAAAAUCUCUCUGCAGACAGUUGCUAAAGAAGUUGCCAAAACAACGACUCGGUUGCCAUUGUGGCCGUUAUGGUGCUCGAGAAAUCAAACAACACGAGUUUUUCAAGUGUAUCAACUGGAAGAGGCUAGAAGCAGGCAUGCAUGAACCACCUUUCGUACCUGAUCCCCAUGCUGUGUAUGCAAAGGACGUUUUAGACAUUGAACAGUUUUCUACGGUAAAAGGAGUCAAUCUAGAUGCCACAGACGAUACGUUCUACAGCAAGUUCAACACUGGGUCUGUUUCAAUACCUUGGCAAAAUGAGAUGAUAGAGACAGAGUGCUACAAGGAGCUGACUAUUUUCGGGUCCAGUGGAACCCCAACUCCAGAUCUUGUUCUUGAUGCUGUUCCCGAGCCUGAGAAAAAAGGCUGCUUCCCCUUCCGAAGAAAGCGGAAACAGAAUGCAAGAAGCCGACCUGUUCCAAUUGCUGAUCACUAUCUUAAGCCUGUUUGCACAAACACGAAUGCCAACUCUAAUGCGUGUGAAGACGCAACUAGCUGAUCUACCUCUUACAUACUCACCUAGAAACUAAUUUUCUGGACUGGGCACUGGGCACUCCCUGGACAACUCAGCCCUACUACUCAUAGCUUUCUACUUGAUGUUACAUGUCGUUUGUCUUAACUUAACAAGGUGAAAUGCAUUAGCUAUAAACAUUAUUGUAAUCUAGAGCUGGGUUCAAAAUCUCUAGUGCAUGAGUGAUGCGAUCAUUUUGUUUUAGAGAUGUUGUGAGUGAAAACUAAAACCAUCACUUUUUCAGUAGACUAGCUACAAUGAAUAGCAGUAGGUUACCUAUUUUCUGGUAAUAUUUCUAGUUGUGUCAAAUAAAAUUUAAUAAUUUUAAAUCUUUAAACUAGACUAAGUAAAUCAGUUUAUUAAAUAAGCAAAUAUAAAAUAAAAUUAAACAUUAAUCACGUAACUGGCUUGAAAUUAAAAACUCUCUCUGGGUGACAUACAAGUUAAGUUUUAAUUUCUUGUCCAAAAGACCAACCAAAAAUAUGUCCCAUUCAAGAAAAUAGUUAUUUGUGCAACUAGUGAGCAAAGGGAGCAAUUGACUCACUCGAGAGAAAUACUUACGAGCCGUAGGCGAGUGAGGAAUGGUUUCUCGAGUGAGGCAAUUGCACCUUGCACUCGAGUUACACAUUAUAUUUUUCCUACAGUUACCAUAAAACAAAUAAAUUGGUAAAGAAAUGUGACAUAUAUUUACACAGAAGUGAACUUUUAAUAUUACAUUUAAUGAUACAACAGUACAACAGCUGACCAGCUGAUUUACAGCCAGUGCUGCCAACGUAUUUCGCAUGCAUACGACCUUGUCUGCAUGUUACGCGCUCACUAUUUUGUGCCUUCACGUUGCAAAUCUGGAGUGAGUGAGACAAAGUAAUUAGAGUGAGACAAUGUUAUUAUUGUCUCACUGAUGAGCGAAUUGGCCACUUUGCUUUCUCAAAUCAGUGAGAGAACAUGUACAUUGUUAGGUAACUGUAGGAAAAAACCAUUUGUUAAGUCCUAAGAACUGAGUUUCUUUCAAAAACUGAAAAACAUGCAAAAAAUUGUAAGCUAAAAGCUAAAAUGUAACUUUCGUUUGUUACCAACCACAGUUCAAAGAAAUCUAAAAUCUGAUAACUGUCAAUAAAUCUUUUUUCAUGCUCAAUGCAAAUUUUUCCAAUGUAGUAUGAAAACACUAUCCUUGGUUUUUUUUAACAAAGAUAAGAUUGUAAAAUAGAUAAAUUUAAUAAAUUUGUGUUCAUUUAAUUUCUUUCAUGAAAGACCAUAUGAAAUCCUUUAAAUUGUACAAAUAAUUUUAUAUUUUAAGAGUUAUUUUUUAUGUAUGUGUAUGGAAAGAUAAUAGUUUUUCUGUUUGUUUAAUGUUUUGUAGUACUGUAGUUUAACAACAUUCACCAAUCAGUUGGAGGGAGUGCCCAAUACACUGCUUUGUAAAGGUUUACAAACAACCUCCAUCAGUUUCAAUCAUUGUAUGUUUUUGUAGUUGUUUGGAUUUCAGAAAGAUUGAUUAAUUAUAACAAAUCUAAAGACCCAUUUAAAUUAUUAUGUACAUUAAGUUAGUAAAUCAUGAUGAUUUUUAUAUAUGCUUUGAAUAUUUUUAAACUAGAGGUGUACAGAUAGUAACAUUUCAGUUCCCAUCGGGAAAAUACUAUAUUGCAUAAUCAUGAUAUUUUAAAUCAUUGACCUUUUGCAAGGCAUACUUUGGUACUGUCGUUUCGUCGGUAAAAAUAAUUUACUAGCAUUGAUGUGCCUGUGAUUGAAAACCAAUCAUUGUUUACAUGAUUUAAAAAAAAACAUUAGGUACUGGUUGCUCAUUAAAAAGUAUAAAAUCAAACAUACUUUUUUUAAUACUUUUUCAAUGAAAUGGCGACCAUACAAAGAUAAUUACAACUCUUGCCAGAAGAGUGAAAAGAUACAAACAUAAAAAUGUGGUUAUUCUUUCUCUUUGUUCUUCUAUUCAUUUUUGGGUUCUCUUCAUCCACACAUUCAACCAGUUUCCAUGGUUACAUAUCACCCAAUUACAGGCUACUAAAGUUCCCAAGAUUACUGAUCACCCAAUCAGACUACUAAGCCUUAUGUUGUUCAGUUCCGGAUAAUGAUAUCUGUUGUGACGUUGUGCACAGCUGACAGAUGUGUAAGGAGCAGACAAAUUUUCAGUGCAAGCGUGUUGUCACCGUAGAUCUCUAGAUCGAUAUUUAUUUUUCUACUUCUGUUUUAGUUUCAUCAAAUUAACUGUGAUACCGUAUCCCAAACACAAAAAUGUGGAAGCCUACUGCAUAUCAAUAAUAGGCAGAAAUAGUUUAAUAAAUACACAAUGCUUUUAAACAGGGUGUCUAGUAGUCGGGAAAAUUGGGAAAGUCGGGAAUUAGUAUUGAAUUUCAAAAUGGUCUUGAAAAGUCGGGAUUUAGUCUUAAAUUUGAUUUCAAAGUCGGGAAUUUUCAUGAUUUUGCCGUGAUCGUCGUCUUGCGUUUACGUAACCGCAAAAUCCAAUGAUGAUGUCUACACGGCCUCGGGAAAUGUUCACGAUUUUGCCGCGAUAGUGGACGACGACGAUAACGUUUCCGUGACCGCGGGAGAGAUGACGGUGAUGUCUAAACAGCCGCGGAAAAUGUUCAUGAUUUUGCCGCGAUCGCGGACGACGACGAUGACGUUUCCGUGACCGCGGGAGACGACGAUAAUAUCUGCUCGGCCGCGGGAAAUGUUUAUGAUUUUGUCACGACGACGAUGACGUUUCCGUGACCGCGGGAGAUGGCGAUGACGUUUCUGUGACUGCGGGAGACGACGAUGAAAAUUGAUGUCUACACGGCCGCGGGAAAUGUCCAUGAUUUUGCCGUGAUGGCGGACGAUGACGAUAACGUUUCCGUGACCGCGGGAGAUGACGGUGAUGUCUAAACAGCUGCUGGAAAUGUUCAGUAUUUUGCCGCGAUCGCGGACGACGUCGAUGACGUUUCCGUGACCGCGGGAGAUGACGAUGACGCUUCCGUGACCGUGGGAGACGACAAUAAUGCCUACACGGCCUCGGGAAAUGUUCACGAUUUUGCCGCGAUAUUGGACGACGACGAUGACAUUUCUGUGACAGCGGGAGAUUACGAUGACGUUUCCGUGACCGCGGGAGACGACGAUGACGUUUCCGUGACCGCGGGAGACGACGAUGACACUUCCGUGACCACGGGAGACGACGAUGAUGUCUACACGGCCGCGGGAAAUGUCCAUGAUUUUGCCGUGAUCGAAGACGAUGACGAUAACGUUUCCGUGACCGCGGGAGAUGACGGUGAUGUCUAAACAGCCGCGGGAAAUGUUCAUGAUUUUGCCGCGAUCGCGGACGACGACGAUGACGUUUCCGUGACCGCGGGAGAUGACGAUGACGUUUCCGUGACCGCGGGAGACGACAAUUAUAUCUGCUCGGCCGCGGGAAAUGUUCAUGAUUUUGCUGUGAUCGCGGACGACGACGAUCACGUUUCUGUAACCGCUGCAGUCAAUGAUGAUGUCUAAACGUACGGUACGUGGAAGAUUUCAUGAUAAAAAAACCAAAUUUGCUAGUUAGAACUUUUUAUUGCUGCAUUAUUUCUUUACUUGAAAACACCACAUUAUUAUAAUACUACUUUAUCACAAAGACAGGGGUUGGUGUAGUAUUAUUCAGAAAAUUUGGUUAAGCUAUAAAAAUUGAUAUCGGUAUCAAGAAUCGAGAAUCGAUACAUUUUGGUAUCAACACCCACUAAUUGUUGAAAAAACUAGUCUUGAAAAAUCUGGAAUUAGUCUUGAAAAGUCUGGAAUUAGUCUUGAAUUUUAUUAUGGAAAUAAACUAGACACCCUGUUAAACAAACUAGCUUUAAGAAAUACAAUUAUAAAUUGUCACGGUUUUUUUUCUUGAGAUACUAAGGUUAGAUAAGACAUUUUAGAGUGACCCCGCCCUUGGAUGGUCGAGUUUCUAUUGUAUUCUGUUUAUUGGUCAAUAAGUGAAGGAUGAUAGUUAAAUAUUCAAUCAACCUUUUACAGAGUUAUGUAAAGUACAUUAACUCGCUGGCAACAUCCAAUUGGGAGCUAGGACUUAGCCUGUCUUAGUGCAUCGCGAUGUUUUCUGCACUUGGUAAACCCAAUAAUCUUUCUCAAAAACAAAAGGAUAUACGUUGUGAGUUAUUAAUAUUAAACUGACAACUUGAGUAUAAAACUCAAUUUUUGACCGCAUUGAGAACCGAAACAGCAUUACCUCAAGCAAACAAUCCUGAGCGUUUGACCAUGACAUCAGUCAUCUGCUUAUCUUGGUAUCCGGGUGGACUAAAGGAUUCAAGACACCAACUUUCAAAACUAGAUGAUGUGAAUUGUGAGAUAGAGAUUAAAGAAAAAUAAAACACUAAUUUUACUACAGUAGUGAUCAAAGUGGUUGGCUUGGAAACUUUUCAACAGUUAUUACUUAGUUGUAACAUUUACUUCAUAUCUACAGUGGUUGUAAGCCAUAAAAGUACUGCAGCGCUCCUAGUAAUAGGAGAUAUAAAUACAAAUUGAAUUUUAUUUGAACUUGGUAGUUCUUUUCUGCUUUUUUUUCUAGAUGAAUUGUAAAGCACAAGCAAGCUAACAGCUGAUAAACAACUAAACGAGAAUUCGGUAUUGCAUCAUACAUCUUUGUCUUCAAGUUCAGGAAUAUUAAGAUAGAAAAAAGUAAACCUUGAGAAAGAAAAUAGUAAAUGCAAGGUUAAAAUUAAAUGUUUGGUUACUUUUUAAUAUUAUUUAUGUUAACUUCACUCUUUUCAUAUGACUAAUGUGUCAUUGUGUUUUAAAUUAACCACCUUGUUUUGAUUUAUCGUAAUGCAGUACAUCAAUUAUAAUUACAGUAUUUUUGUUUGUUGAUUUGAUUAUUUUUUACAGCGCCGACACUCAUAAAUGGUUUGAUAUUUUGUCAUAGACGAUUACUUCUCGACCGUUGUUAGGUCGUUGGAAACGUUAUGUUGUUAUUACGAAACUAAUGACGGUUAUGUAGAUUGGGGUUUUCAGGCUAAAACAUUGAAAUACACAGUCCAUCCGAUAAAGUCGAAUAUGUAACAGAUAGUGUCAUAAUAUAUCGAAUUUGGGCUUGGGUCAGAUUUGAAUAUCCAAACCGAAUCCGACCCGAUUUUUUUAAAUAUCUGCACACCUCUAAUUUAAAUUUUAACCCAAUAUAAAUAGACUUAGUUUUAAAAUACUAGCAGUGUGACAAUGUUCAAAACCAUUUUCAUCCCUUACUCAAGAUGCAAUGGCUGAGUAAUGCCUAACUAAUGUUUAGUAACGUCUUAUUAGAUUAUAGCCAGUUUCACCUUAAGAUAAGGCAAGCUACUUGACCGGAAGGGCAAAACAGGAUAAUGGUUGUUUGAUUUAUUCUUUGCAGUCACUUGUUACUGAAUAUAUCACUUAAAAGAUGUACGAAGAUUCAAUUCAUUGUACAAGAGUGUGGCCAAAAAGAAUGAUUUAUUUUCUGCAGCACACAGUUCAGUACCAGGUCAUCUGAGGGGGGUGGGUUAGGCUUGUAGGAAAGCCUACACUCUGCCGUUAUCUGUAGUCAUAGAGCUGUGGUCGCCUAAGCUACUUGUGUUUGUUAUGGAGUCAUUUAAAAAAAGUAAUGAUUCAGUCAUUGCAACUCAGCGGCAGUUCCAAGCAAUUCUUUCAAUUAGGUCGACAUUGAGAGGUUCCGUCGUGAUUAUCUAUAUGGAUAAUCAACAAAAUUAAACAGUUAGAUACAAAUUAAUCUGUAGGGAUGAAAAUUAAGAUCAUACCUCAAAAGUCUUGUAACCAAGCGGUCAAACAGGUUCAAAGCAGACGCUUGUUUUCGGGCAGGCCUUAGAAGACUGUUUUCCCCAGCAGCACAAACUCUAUCGAAUGUUAGUUGUCUGGCAUCCAAUCUGACUUUGGACUGCCUGUCAGCUUCUUUUUGAACACAGAAGCCGUUGUUCUAAAGUUAGUAACCUACUGCAUGAUUGUGUUAUGCGACGGAACUUCUCCACGUCGUCAUGAUUAAAAGAACGUACGGAACCGCCGCUGAGUUGCAAUGACUGAAUCAUUACAAUUUAAAUACGGCUUGAUCACAAACUUGUGUAGCUCAGGCGACCACUGGUCUAUGGCUACAGAUAAUGGCAGUGUGUAGGCUUUCCAACGAGCCUAACCCCACCCCUCUUAGACAACCUGUCGCUAAACAGUGCGCUGCAGAAAAUAGAUCGGUUUUUUUCCGCACCCUGUAUAUCUGGGAACAAAAACAAAGUAACUUUACUGUAAUCUACGGUAUCAUAAAACAAAUAAUAUGUUAUUUGGCCAUGUUUAAGUGUUUAAACAUUCAAGUCUAACAUGUAAAUAUGUACAUAUCUGUAUGUAGAUAUGGCUUGAUUAUUGUCCAACAAUAAGCUACCUGACCAUGCAGGCUAUAGUUUGAAUACACAAACACACAUACACACCCUGUAUUCCAUUGUUACGUUGCGGACUCUGUGCCAUUGGACAUUGUGUAGCAAAGUGAGGUUUAAACAUUGUGACAAUGUUAGUAUUUUCAAUAGUGUGAUUCUGUUCUGUUGUAUGAGUUUAUAACUCGUAAAAUGCAUAGGGCUUAAAAAUACUACAUUUACAGCUCUAACUAAAUUUUUGGACAAACAGGCUAUUAAAUUUAACUUAAACGUUAUGCGAUGCAAAUUUUUUUUUGUUCCGACACAUUGUAUCCAAAUUCCAGCCAUUUGUGUGUAGUUUGGAAUGUGAUUAGUUGUGUACUGUGAUGCCCAUCUAAAUUGUUCAAACUCUGCUAUUAGCUGUUUUUAUGUGUUAAGUUUGGAAGAACAGUGUAAAUGUGGCUGAUUUCUUUCUGACAUAUUUUAAUUAAAUGUGCUUAAAUUAAAUGUGUCGGCUGAUUGGUUGUAAAUUAAAUAUUAGAUUAAACUUUUAACCGUGCCAAAUUUCAUCCACCUUAGAAGAAUCAUGACCUGUUGGUGUUUUAAAAUAGUAUGCACAAAUCAAUUUUUAGAUAUAAACUAUAUUUUUACUAUGUUUUAAACUUGGCCUAUAUAUGUUAAAGGUGUUAAAUAUAGCUCUAAUAAUAUUUUAACUUCGAAUAAUAUAAUAUGAUGAAUCUAAUGUAGGCCUCCUAUGAUAUUUAUUAAUCCAAUAUUUGGUAAACAACAGUUGUUAAAUGUGUUAACAAGUUUAUAAUCCAUGUUAAAUGAAAAAAACAUGUUUAUCCAGAUAUUUCAAAAUAUACUGGAACAUCUUUAGUGCACAUUAUCAUCAAAAUGUUAACAAAUAGUUUUACUUUUAUUUCACUCAUAUUAGUUUUAAGAGAUCCUUAUAUUAUUAGGCAUGUUCAGUUUUUGACAUAAGUUGUUUAUUAUUAAGUGUUAUUUGUUUCUUUUUAUAAAAUUAAUUAAUGAAUGAUUCCAAAUAGUUUUAUUUGUUUAAAAUUUGUAUCUUGGUCUUGUGCUUUAUUUUACACUUUUUACUUCAUACUAAGCUAUCAAUAUUUCAAUAAAUCACACCUUAUUGUCUUCCCUGUUGCAGCAAUCCUCAACUCAUUAAAAUUAAUGAUAUUUAAAUAUGAAAUAAAUCUGACAAUUUUAAAGGAAUAAUUUAAUCGAAUUCCAGUCAGGUAGAGGGAAAUUCGCGUAGUCCGCAGGUUUGCUGCAGCGGGGGUAUUUCAAAUUUCCCUUGAACUUGUAAACCUAACAACAUCUACUGUAAUUCCUCCUAAAAAUGUGUUUGUUGAAAGCACCUUGUAAAGUCAAAGGUCUUUGAAGCUUGUUACUAAUGAUGUGUCAAAAGAUAGUCAAAUCACAAAACCACUGAAAAUUCAUUGCAAAACGUGUACUGCUCUGUACUCGCAAUACUAUAUAUUACUAUGUCUGGUAUUUCAUGUUUGUUAAGUACUAAAAUAACUAAGAUAUGAGUACAUAGUUUAAUUUAGGAGUAAAAAUAAAACUCCCGCAACUUUUUAUGAUGGUAUAUAUUUGUCAAAAUAUGUUAACAGUUAGUUGAUUCUGUUAGUUUAAGGAUUUUGAAGUAACCCUCAUAAAACACUAAGCAAACAACAACAAAAAUAAUAAAAUAUACCCAAUAAUUUCAUAGUUAAUAAUUAAAAUAAUCCAAUUAGAAUUAAUUAGUUUAACUUUGACAGUAUUUCUGUUGGAUUUUCAUUUUUUUAAUAACUCUGUUUACAAAAAGAUGGAAAAAACUGUUGAAUGUUGGACAGAUUUCUCUUUUCUACCUUUCAAAUGUAAAGUUAACUCUAGUAACUGUCUUAGCAUUGUAGUUCUUGUGUCUUGUAUAUAACAAGUCUUGUCCAUUUUAUAUCUGCAUGUCAGAUUAGUGUCAGUUACCACAAUUUUUAAAAGCUCUUUUAGGAAUAUUAAAUGUGUUUUGUUUGUAAUAAUGAAACAAUCAAUGCUGGACUCCAGACAAGAUUGUGUUGGUUUGGUUUUCUGAUGAAACAAGUUGACAACAUCACUAUUGGUUUGCAUUGCUGUAUUUGUCGAUCAAUCCUAUACUGUUGUAAAAGCAACUAAUUUAAUUAUUUAUUUAGAAUACCUUAAGCAUACCCAAGGAUUUUAUUUUAGUUGUAAAAGUUCUUAUAACUACUGGCAGUGAGUUUGGAAAGACGCAUGAUUUACAUACAACAGUAUUCAGUUUAGAAGACUUUUAACUCGCAUCUAAAGUACUUUUUCAUCAUUUUGUCCGGAAAGUAUCUGUUUUUAGUUCUCUAAAUCGUCAGCAAAAUCAUUGUUUUUAGGUAACUUCAAAUAGGGAACAGAAAAACAUAUUCUAAAUAUUUCAGACUUACCUCAAAUUUUUUAUUAUAGCAUUAUGAAAACGUUACAAAUCACCCAAUCUUUAGAGUUAUGUUUGUAAAUAACAGAUUUGUAAACAUUGAUGACGAGACGACUUUGUACAACCUCAAAUUAUGUGGUCUAAUUUUGUAACGAUUAGAAGGUUAUUUCCACAGUAUGAUGAAAAUAGGAGUUCAUCACACGGGGCAAAAGUGGCUAUUUUUGGUACGCUAUUACAAGUGAGUUUUUAUUUUAUUUUACAAUUAUUAUUUAUCAAUCAAUCCAUAACACACCCAACACGUAGUUAUUGAUGAUAACUACUAUUUCAUACAUUACUUACCUCUUUUAGGUCUCAUCAAUGUACAUUAUUGUUGUUAUGACUGAUAUCUAAAUUAUGUGACCAUUCAGUGUAGCCAUUGUGUUGCCUUUGAGCCCGUUGGUAUCAGCUGAUCAGUAUGGUAAUUUUUUUACUUCAAAGAGUGCAAUUUAUUUAUUUUGAUUAACCAUGACCAAGAAACCGUUUCCGAUGACGGUUAUAACAGUUUCCUCUUACAUAUUAUAGAAAACCUUUUCAUAUCUGGCACGGGCACGUUCAUAAAGGUCUCAGUGUGGGAUCUAGUAAGUCAGAAAAUAUUGUUGAAAUAAUAAUGUGAAUAGGCUACCUACCUAAAUAUUGUUUUUAAGAAACAGAUUGUAUCACACUUGUGCAUGUUUAUUAGAUCUACUCAUUACAUUUUGCUAUUCCGCAAAUAAACACAGAGAUGCUGUUUAAGCCAGUUCCUGUUAAUAAUAAAUUUGUGUAAAUAUCUGUCUACCUUUGUAAAUAAUGUAUUUUUUUAUUUUUGUACAAUCACUCAUCCAGUUAACAAACCAACACAAUCAACGACAGGACAAUUUCCGGCAAUAUAUGUAUACUCUUAGGAUAGGUUUAGUUUAUUACAGUAUUAUUUAUUAAGUAUAUUUUCCUUGUGUAUAAUCACUAGGCUAGUUCUAAGACAAGAUAUUAAAACAUCAUCAACCUGCUGUGCCAACUCAAAAAAUAUCAAUUAUAGUUUACCGGUACUAAUUACUAUGGUUAUGGAUGCAUUUUUUUUUUUGUAAAUGUUCAAUUCCAAUGUUUACAAGAUUUGAGUAAAAUUGCAAAGUUUUUGCAUAUUAUAAGAAGUUAUAAAUUAUGGAUGAAAAAUAUUUUGGCAUCCUCUUAUCAACUUCUUAUUAACUUAUUUAAGCAACUGAAAAUAGUUAAGACAAGUACUGAGACACUGUAACGUACUGGGUUAAAACCUGUACACAAUAUUUAUAUCUUAAUACAGGGACGGAUUUAUACAUAUUUUCCCCCUAGGCACUAUUCUUAGUGCCGCCCCCCCCCCCCCCCUUCAUGGUAAAUUUUGUACCUAGGACCGAAAAUGAGGUUUUGCCGGCUCGUAGUUAUUUAAGUUCAGGACUAAGUCAAGAGCUGCAAAACCCUUUCGGCCCGUGGUACGAACACAAUUUUUCACCACACUACAAAAAUUGAGGGUCAUUUUCACGCAAUAAAUGCACAUUAACAGUUAACACAACUACAACUUUAAGGUUCUGUGAAGGAAUAAUCUAGAAGAACCAGCAAAAAUACUAAUAAAUAGUUGCUAGGCAGCGAUGACAUGGAUGCAUAAUAAAAUGCAUAUGGAUAUUGCUGGUAGGCUAUAUUUUAUUUUAUAUACAUUAAUGUUGUAAGUAAUAAACCACUCACUCGUAAACAGCGGCACCCGUAAGCGGCGGCACUCCUAAGUGGCGGGAAAAACGUAAGGGACGGCACUCGUAAACAGCGGCGCCCGUAAGCGGCGGCACUCAUAAGUGGCUCGAAAAACGUAAGGGGCGGCACUCAUAAACAGCGGCGGCACUCAUAAACAGCGGCGCCCGUAAGCGGCGGCACUCAUAAACAGCGGCGCCCGUAAGUGGCGGCACUCAAACAGCGGCGCCCGUAAGCGGCGGCACUCAUAAGUGGCGGGAUAAACGUAAGGGGCGGCACUCGUAAGUGGCGGCACACGUAAACAGCGGCACACAUAAACGGCGGCACUCGUAAGUGGCGGCACAUGUAAACGGCGGCACUCGUAAGUGGCGGGAAACACGUAAGUGGCGGCACCCGUAAGCAGCGGCACCGGUCAAGGGCCUGCCGCCCCUAGGCACUGGCCUAGUGUGCCUAGUGGGAAAUCCGUCCCUGUCUUAAUAAAGAACGAAUGUAAACAACGUACUAAAAUUAUCAAUUCCUCAUUAAUACGGUGCUAUUUUUAGGUAUUAUAAUGUUUAAACUACACAUUUUUGAAGUUUUUUAUAUUUUAAGGAUGUAUUACAUUUUCCUGUCUGAUUCAAGUUUUGAUUCUAUGUGAAAAUAUUAACAUAAACAUAUGUGUAACACCUAAAUCUAUGUGUUUUUUUUUCUCUUUUUUUUAACUAUAGUAGAAAUUAUGAAAACUAAAUUAUGUCUUUGCAAUUUUUUAUAGUUUAUAUACAGUCCAACCUUGGUAUAACGAAUCUGAUGGGACCGAACUGAAUACUCGUUAUAUCAAGGGUUUUGUUAAAACGAGGUUUGUUAUAUUUCGGUUAGAUUUGCAGGAACUUCGCUAAGUCGAGGUUCAGGACCAGCAGAAAGAUGUGAAAAACUGUGCAGAGGAAUGUUGCGCAAGCGUUGACGUCAUCUUACCAUUUUAUAUUCAUCAAGAAACUGUGAUUAAAAAAAACAACAAUGUGGGGGGAGUUUGUUAUAUAGAGGGAAAGACGCAGACAAUUCGUUAAGUAGAGGUUAAAUUCGCUAUGUAGAGGUUCCUACAAUGUUAAAUUUGUUAUAUUGAGGUGUCUUAUUUUAGCCGAGAUUGUCAAAAAUUUGUUAAAUCAAGGUUGUUGAUAUGGUUUGUUCUUUAUGUAGAGGUAAUAUAUACAUUGAGUCUUAUGGAGUGUUCUAGGAGAUUUAAAAAAAUCUUUAUAUCAAGGUUCGUUAUAUCAAGGUUAGACUCCAUUUUUAGGUGAAAUAUGUAAUUUAACUGGAUAUUGCAGGGUUUUAAAAGCUAAAAAUGUUUGUUUUGGUUGAUUUUUUAAAAUUAUGUACAGAUUCAAGAACUUAGCUGGAUGAAAAAAUAAUUAUUAUUGAAAAAUAGUUGAAUUACUUUUAGAUCAUAAAUAAUAAUUUUGGCUGUAGAUUUAAUUGUCUUCUUAUUUUAAUCUUUGAUUGAAAUAGUGCAGUUUCGGUAUUACAAGCUUGCAAUUAAUAGUAUAACAAGAGAAAGUUCAAGUAACAAAACUAGCACAGUCUUUUGUAGUAGUCGUAGUUUGAAAGUUUAUUUGAAUUGCACAAAUUGUAACAGUUUCAGUGACUGAUAUACACAAAUCUGUAACCCUUACUGAGGACUUACAUGAAAUCCAAUUUAUGAGAGAUGAACUCAUCUAGAUUAGCUAUUUAAUAUAAGUUAGCUACUAAGAUUUCGAACAAAUUAUUUAUUUAUCUUACAUCAAGACUAAUCCUACCUACAAGCUUAUAAAACGAAUCACUAACGAAUUAGUUUAUUACACACGAAGGGGCAUAUUAUGUUAUUAUUUUGUUGUUGCUGUGAUGGGUUGGUUCAACAGUAUUUUGAAACUAUUUUAUUACAACAUGAAACACCAAUCACUCAAAACAUUUACUUUUAUAAUUAAUAAUAUCAACAGUUAGAUCUAUCAAUUAUUUAUUUGUAAAUGCAGGUCAAUUAAUUAAUGGGUUUCCUGCAUUGCAGUGUUUGUAUUUUCAAAUUCAUAGUUCACACAGCUAGCCUCGGACCCAGAUGUUGCUCAAGUAGGUGAUCUCGUCCAGCCCUCAUGCUCUCAGGUCCUCUCAUUUUCAUUAUUAUGUGCAAAUGGUCAGUCUCAUUGUGUUCAAGGUUGUUAUUUAUGUUUUGCCAUACAAGCAGUCUGUUGUUUAUAUGUUGUAAAUAUACAUAUGACGCUAUGUACAUAGUAUUAAACUUUUUGUUUAUAUGUGCUUAUCUUGUGCUUUGUGUUAUGUUAUGCGUUGUAUCCUAGAAUAAACUUCGUAAAGAAAU